AUGAAAAAAUUAGAUAGUUAUUCGUUAUUGAUUUGUAGUAAAUAUUUUCGAUAUAAAAGUGAUUUUAUUAACGUUAUUUGUGUAUGUAAAAAAUUUCAAGAAACAUUAGAAAAGUUUAGAUACAAUCCUAUCUCAAUAUCAAAUCUUCGUCUUUUUCCUAAAAUUCAAACACAAUGCCUGUACCAUAAAAACGAAAUUCGUCUUCCAAUAGAAACAUAUUCAUUUUAUUAUUUCUUAACCUAUAAAGAAGCACUUAAUCAAAUGAAGAAUUUUAAUAAAUGUCAUCAAAUUGUUUAUACCCGUUCAGAUCGUGAAGAAUUUGGAAUUGACAUUCCACAAAAUUUUGCUAUUAAAGCUUUAGGUGAUAAAUGUUUUGAAUCCACUCCAAUUCAAAAAAUUAUCAUUCCAAAUACUAUUAGAAAAAUUGGACAAGAAGCGUUUAGUCAAUGUACUCAAUUAACUCAAAUACAACUUCCAUGUACAUUAAAAGAAUUACCAGUUUGUACAUUUUUUAAUUGUAUUGAAUUAGAGAAAAUUGAAAUUCCAUCUUCUGUUUCAAUUAUUGAUGGGGCAUGUUUCUUUUGUUGUAGUCACUUAACUGAAGUAAAAUUCCCACAAAAUAUUGUAUCUAUUGGAUAUGAAAGUUUUGCAUUUUGUGCACGAUUAAAAGAAGUUGUUAUUCAAGGAACAUUAUAUUCAUUGUUUAAUAAAAGUUUUUUUGGAUGUACAGCACUCAGUUCAGUACAUCUUCCAGAUACUGUAAAAUUUAUAUCUGACUCAUGUUUUGAAAAUUGUAGUAGUUUACAAAGUAUUAAUAUUCCAUCAACAGUAGUUAUGAUUAAUCAAAAAGUAUUUAAAAAUUGUACAUCUUUAAAAGAAAUAGAAACUCCACCAUCAGUAGAUUAUAUUGGAGAAAGAUGUUUUGAAAAUUGUUAUUCAUUAACACGUUUAAAAAUAUCAGAUACGACAGUAAAUAUAUCAUGUAAUUGUUUUUUGAAUUGUACUAGUCUUCAAACAUUAGAAGUUCCAUUAAAAAAUAAUGAAUAUCCAUUUGAUGUGUCUUAUUAUGACAAACAAAUAUUAGAAAAGUUUGGUAUUAAUUGUGUUCAUAUUAAUUUUUUUAGUAGUGGUUCAGUAUUAACAUAUAACCCAUUAACUCAUGAACCUAAAAUACCUGAUGAUGCUUUAAUUAUUGGUAAAGAAUGUUUUAAAAAUAUUAGAGAAAUUCGUUCAAUAUGUAUUCCAACAAAUAUAGUUAUUAUUGAUUCAAAUGCCUUUGUUGGAUCUUUUAUUACAUCUAUUUAUAUUCCUACAUCAGUUACAUAUAUUAUUUCUGGAGCAUUUAGUGAUUGUGUUAGAUUAAAAGAAAUUCAAUUACCAUCAUCAAUUUCAAGUAUUGGUUGUAAAUUAUUUAUGAAUUGUUCUGCUUUAACUUCUAUUACAAUCCCUUCAACAAUUACUUCAAUUAAUGCAAGUGCUUUUGAAUUUUGUAUAAAUUUAAGUACUAUUUCUCUUCCACCUCAUUUAGUUAAACUUAAAAAGAAUGCAUUUUCUGGUUGUGUUCAAUUAAAAGAAAUACUUUUACCUUCUUCUUUAAAGCGUAUUGAAGAAAAAUGUUUUUCUGAUUGUCAUAGUUUAACAUUUGUUUCAAUUCCAACAACAGUUACAUAUAUUGGAAAAGACAUUUGUUUAAAUUGUAGAGGUCUUAAAAAUCUUAUUAUUCCAUUAGAAAAAGAUUUGUCAUAUAAAUAUAAAGUUAGUUAUCAACAGUAUCAAUUAUUUUCUUCAUUAAAUAUUCAUUGUACAAAUAUCCAAUUUACUGAUCAGGAUUAUUUACAGAGAAGAAAUAAUAAUGUAGAUACUAUUAUUCCAACUGAUGUUGAUCUUCAUAUAUCUAAAUUAUGUUUUUCUAAGUUAGUUGAAAAUAGCUUUAUUCUUCCACCAAAUGUUAUCUCUCUUGGAAAGUCUUGUUUUCAAUCAUCUUUUAAUAUAACUUCAAUUACACUUUCUACAAAUAUUACUAAAAUAAAGUCUUAUGCAUUUAAUGGUUGUUCAUCUCUUAAAAAUUUAAUAAUUCCAUCUUCUGUUCAAUAUAUGGGAAAGUAUUGUUUUAAAAAUUGUGAUAAUUUAACGUCACUCUCUCUUCCAACAAAUUUACUUCCAUAUACUUCAUUAGUAAGUUAUUCUGAAUAUCUUUUAUUAAAAAGAAAUAAUAUUGAAUGUCUUAAUAUUGCACAAGUAAAUGAUGAUGAUAUUUAUGACUCAAAAUACUUACCUUCAGAAAUCCAAACAUUAAAUAAUACUUAUUUUGAUUUUUCUUCAAAGGAACUUAUUGUUCCUUCUCAUAUUACUAAAAUAAAAGUUGGUGUUUUUUGUGAUUGUUUUCAAAUGUCUAAAAUUCAAAUUCCUUCAAGUGUUGUUUCAAUUAAAAGAAAUGUUUUUUCUAAUUGUCCUUCAUUAAAAAGUAUUGAAUUACCUCCUUAUCUUAAAAAAUUAUCAUCUUCAUUGUUUUAUUAUUGUAUUUCUUUAAAAUCUAUUGAAAUUCCAUCUAAAAUAACAAAAUUAUCUAACAAUGUUUUUGCUGAAUGUCAUUCAUUAAGUCAAAUUCAUUUUCCAAAUCAAUUAAAAAGAAUUAAAGGGUGUUGUUUCUUUAAUUGUAAAAAUCUUUCUUCAAUAACUAUUCCAUCUUCAGUUACAAAAUUAGGAAAAAGAUGUUUUGAUUUUUGUCUUGGGCUUCAAAAAUGUAAAUUUGAAGAACCGUGUCAAAUUAAAAAGAUUCCAGAAAAUUGUUUUAGAAUGUGUGAUAAAUUAGUAUCAUUUAAUAUUCCAUCUUCUAUUGAAAUUUUAGAUAGUUCAUGUUUUUAUAAAUGUUUUGGAUUAACAUCUAUUCAUAUUCCUUCUAAUGUUAAAUCAAUUGGACAAUGUUGUUUUAAAAGAUGUUAUUUUUUAAAAGAAGUAAUUUGUGAUCAAAUUCAAGAAAUUGAUAAAGAUUGUUUUAGUUAUUGUUCUAGAUUAGAAUCAGUAAUUCUUCCUUCUUCAUUAAAAAAGAUUGGACAAACUGCAUUUAGUUAUUGUUCUGCUUUAAAAGAAAUUUGUAUUCCUGAUUCAGUUGAAUUUAUUGGAGGAUUAUGUUUUAGUGGAUGUAAACAAUUAACAAGAAUAGCAUUAUCGUCACGACUAACGUCACUUUCUUAUGAUUGUUUUACAAAUUGUCAUUCUUUACGUUCAAUCAUUAUUAAUAAUACUCCUAUUUCAAAUUAUCCAUUUAAUGUAUCAUUACUUCAAUAUAUAUAUUUCUCAAAAAAUAAGAUUCCUUGUUACAAUAUUACUCUCUCUCAAGAUGAAAUAUAUUUACUUUCUACAAAUAUCCCUCAUUUAGUAAAUUGUUUUAAUGAUAAUUGUUUUAGAAAUUCUGUUAAUUUAAUGAAUAUUUCAAUACCUUCUUCAGUUACUUCUCUUGGAGAAUAUUGCUUUAAAAAUUGUAUUAAUCUAACAAGUAUUACUAUCCCUUCUUCUAUUUCUUCUAUUCCUUCUCAUUGUUUUGAUAGUUGCUACAAUUUAAAAUCAAUAAUACUUCCUUCUACAAUAACUUCAUUUGGAAAUCAUAGCUUCUAUGGAUGUUCUCAAUUAGAGUCUCUAAAUUUAAUCCCUAAAGAAUGUUUUGAAUAA